AUGUGGCCGACCAGGGAGGGCCUACUCGCCGGGGUGUUCACAGUGAAGAAUCAGGAACUGGACAUUCUUGUCAUGAACACUUUGGAGAAGCCAAUGGUUUUGAAAGAAGGAGAGGAGCUAGGACAAUGGAGCACAGAAUAUUGGAAAACUAAGUGGGGAGAAAUGAAUCCACUGAUGAUGAGCAGUGAGAUACCACACCUGGAUAGGGAGGAACGCUGUAACAUCCUGUAUGCACAGCUGAGGGAAGUCGUAAGAAGUUGCUAUCUAUUUGUACCUGGCGGACGAAGUGUCAUGUGUUAA